UCAGUUGGUGUGUGGCGGGAGGGGGGGUUGUAGUCAGAGAGAGAAAGAGCAAGGUAAUGAUUUAUGGUUUAACUCACUUGAGUCACAGCUCAGAAGUAUAAUUCAAACUUCUGAAGAACAGGUGAGGCCAGUUAUACUUUACCGGAAGACCAAGACAGAUAGGUCUGAAGAAAGACUGGCAUUGAAAGACUUGUUUUGGGAACUUUUCAGCCAUAUUUGAAUCUAUUUAGAAAAAGAAGAAAGCAUCAACAAGAGAAUAAUACUGUCUUCCUCUUUUAAGAUUUUCUUCUGAGCACACAACAGAAUGGAGGAAGCAGAAGUAUCCACAGCAACACGUACCGGUUCAGUACGGCACCAAAACGAGACCUCUGCUGACGACCAGGACAAUGCCUGGGAUGCUGGUCCGGAAUGUUCAAUCUGCUUUUGCGCAUACGACAACACCUUCAAGACACCAAAGCUUCUUGAAUGUACACACAUCUUCUGUCUGGAAUGUCUGGCUCGCUUUGUAGCUAUUUCACCGGAGCAGGCAGGCACCCAGAUCACCUGCCCCCUUUGUCGGCAGCCAACGUCCGUGCCUGAGCGUGGUACUCCAGAUCUGGCCACCAGCCAGGAAGUUUUGGGUCAACUUCCAAGCGACCAGCAACAAGUGGAGAAAGUUUUCCUAGACGGAAAGAGGCUGUGCUACUCGAACCCAAUGAUACCCAACUGCAUCUGCAUUGACAUCGGUGAGCAUAAAGCAGAAGAGAUGCCGAGGAGAGAGGAGAGAAGAGAGGGUUGUGGACACAGGCUGCUACGAUUCUUGGGUUUUCAUGGGAACUGGAAGAGGCUUAUGAUCUUCAUCAUAGUGCUCCUUGUGGUCUGCUUCGUUAUACUGUGGCCCCUCCAGUGCUUUAUCAUCUCAGGCUCCAUGUCCGAAUGCUUCCGGGAAACACCACAGAUUCCAACUACUUUUGCCACUCCCAGAACUACAGUGGGAUCAUAAGACACAGAGGUGCACACAAGAACUUUGAAUUCAAACCCGAAAACAGUUUGAAUUUCAUGACAUUCAGAUAGUAUUGGUUUCAGUCUAAAACAUGACUGAUGGGCUGAUACAAACACAUCAUUUACAGCUUCAUAUAGUCCUUAAAACUGUAUUGGUUAAAGUUAUAUUUUCUUUUUAAACUGAAUAUUUCUUGCUUGAAAUAUCAUUAUUAUAUCACAUAGCUCCCUAAAUGCCACUGUAAAUAUUUGAUAUUAUUUUCUGUGUUUAAAAUAAACACUGAGGUAAAACAGUUUUUUAUGAUUUAUACAUUUUUAAUGCUGCAUGCACCCUUUAAAAGCUUUUCUGUAAAAGAAUUCGCCUGUAAUUUUUUCUCUUAUUUGCAAAAUUGUUAUUAUUUUAAAUUAUUUUAAAUGACUUGUUAAAAUGGUUGUAUUAAGAAUCUUCCAAUAAUCUUUUGUAAAAUAUAAAACAGUUUUAAUGGAAUGUAUCUAACAACUAAAUGAACAUAUUUAUUGCAAAUUAAAUAUUGCCUAUUUAUUUUUCCUUAGUCUUUGAUAUACUUCUCUUUUUUUUUAACUGGAAAUAUAUUUACAGUAAUACUUCAUGACACUAUAUGACCCUGUCAGACUUUUAUUACCAUAGAUAAGUGAAGAUUGAUCCUAAAAACUUGUUUUCACAGCGUUACUUCCUUUAAACCAUAAAAGCGAAGGAUCUUCCGUCCAGCACACUGUUCAAUGCUUUAACCCUUUAUUGAAUAGCAGCAUAGGU